AUGCUCUCGCCACAUCAAGCCUUGUUCAUCAAGUCUACAGUACCCCGCGCACCCGAAGCCAAGUCUUCGUGUAUAAUGUCCAGCUAUCAUACGAAAGCCGCUCGCCGUGAGGUUACCGAACGUCUGACGGGCAACUGGUAUCGUGACCCCGCAGAGUUUGACCCACGUACAUGGAGCCCGCACCGUCGUCCCAGUGGCGAUUGGAAUGCUUUCGACGCGUACGCCCUCACCUCCGACAACAAAAUGCUCAUCACGUCCCCCAACGCGCCCUUCAUACCCGAGUAUCGCAAUACCGAGCAGGAGCUCCGCGCUCGCAAAGACGGCCGUCUAGGCCAAGCCGAUCCCUUCCAGUGGCCCACCGCCUUUCACCCUUCCAUGCCGUGGGUCGCGCUGUACCCCCGACAGUCUUACUUCGAAAAUGAUCCCAAGUUGACUUUCUUGUGGUGGACACCCACGGACGAGGACAUCACCUGGAGUCACCCGGAGCGACACACCACAGGCACCCUCGACGGCACCGGCUUCUCUAGACUCCGCGCCCUCUUGGACGUCGCUGAGGAGCGUCACAGACAACAUCAGAACAUCAAGCCUGUUGUCCUCAACAACACGAACUGGCUCAAGCGCGCGCUUCGGCGCCUCUACGACAUCCUCUACCGAUUCCGACGAGUUCCCGGUGACUAUCGUUCCAUUCUCCUCGACGUCACCGACUUCCAGCGUGGGGUGAUGGACGUCUGGGCGUUCACUGAGUGGUGGCUCCGUAUCAAGUCGGGCUUCUAUGCCCGCGACUCAUCUCUGGUGGAGGGGUUGAAGAAGGAGGACGGCAUAACCCUCGCGUCGCCCAUGUAUAUGGGAUGCUUCACCAACGAGCCCUUCCACGCCGAGGAUCUCUAUACUGUCGGCAUCCCUGUCUGGAUCCCCCGCGGCCUCACCCAAUGGACGGCGGAGACGAAUUCAAUCCAUUUCGUCAACACCACCCGCCCCCACGUCGUCAUCGAGGACUACCAUGAGGACGGCGUCGACCUUCGAUUCCCUGUUCUCCACCGCGGCAAGCCUGGCCUCCUCCGCAUCAUCGCUGCUCGCUUCGGCUACGGGCACAGCGCUGAGGAUGAGACCUCCUUCAAAUACCAUGGCAUCUCGGUCGACCUCCUCGGCACUGGCCUCAAGGAUAUUCUCGAGCGGGGCACGUCCUUUGCCACCAGCAGUCGCUCCUUGGCUAUCCCCCCUGCAGCUGGACCUUCUCGCUCCAAGUCGUCAUCGAAGUCGUCAAAGUCCAAUCGUCCCGCUCCUUACCCCCGUCCUGGUGACAAGUCCAAGCCCAAUGGCAAGCCCAACGCCGCCAAGGAGCAACGCAACAAGUGGGAUGAGCUCGUCAACGAGUUCUGGCCCACUGCCUUCGUCGACUGGACUGGGGCAAUGCGUGGUGCCGACAAGUCUCCUGGGCGCGUGCGUAAUAUCGCCAUGAACGGCGGUUACUUCUUCCCCGACCCGGCCAUGUUUUGUGGUGUCACCGACCAUAGCCGUCUCUUCCGCUAUGUCGUCAACUGGCUUGCGUUGCGAGAGCCGUGGCUCCGCUUCAUCCGCAUCAACCCUCCCUCGCUCCCGCCCAAGGCUCAGAACUGGCGGGACUUCCUCAACGGAUCAAUCUGGGAUGCCACCUCCUUCGACGACAGUGGCACCGGCUCCGCCAGCAAUCGUGACAAGGCCCGCAUGUAUCGGUUCUUGGAACCCGUCAUCGAUGCUGCCCGUGCCAACUGUGAAGCAUCCUCCUGGGUUGUCCGUGGCACCACCAUCACUCGGCAGGAGGUCAAUGCACUGGAUCCGCUUUUAAUUAAGCGGCUCCUUUGGGACAUCUGCGACCUCAGCUUUGCUGCUGAGGUCGUCGCUGUCGACCAGGUUCGCACCCCCGAGUUAUGGCAGUAUGAGACCACUGCCAUCCGCCGUGAGAUCCUCGCUCGUGUGUUCCCUGCUCAUUUUGGUGCUGUUCCGGAUGCCUGGCCGUCUCACCGUGCAGGCAGUUUUGGAGUCACGGAUGAUGAGUUGCCUGCAGUGCUUGAGGCGUUGCGUGAGGUCGUCUGUGCAUGGCCUCGGGUCUCUAACCGGUUGGGGGUCUCCCUUGAGGGCAGUGGGCUGACGUUUGGCACCAUGACACUCGAACAACAAGCCAAGCUCAUUGUCUUGCGUCGUGAGCUCUGUGACACAUUUGUCCAGGAGUUCUUCGAUGUCUUUGGUCGUCCACCAGUGUUGCCACAUGUAUAUCCGGGGAGUUCAGAUGGGUCGAUUGCCGCAUGA